AUGAAGACAGUCACUGUACUCUUCGUCGCCAUCGUUCUUCUACUCGUUUAUACCAACUGGGCAUACGGAAAGGUGCACCUGUCGGCCAAGAUCGCAGAGAAUGCCGACAUUGGACAGCAAGUUAUCCGCGUUCUACCGACCACACCGGGAGCCACGGAGGAAGUUCUGUGUGAUAUCAUAGACGGAAACGUCCACGGGCGCUUCGGUGUGACUCAGUACUGUGUGAUUGUAGUCGUCCGUCCUUUAGACUUUAGUAUAAACCAAAGGUAUAACCUGACUGUAAACGUCCCUGGGACAACCGAGACCUGUUUUGUUGACGUACAAGUCGAGGACGUGGACGGAUAUUCUCCUAUCUACACCGAAACCUGCGAAACGCCAGUUCUAGCAAACGACAGGGCACCUGCCCAGCUUGCUUUCAACAUGGCAACGAUGAUUUGGACAUUUCCUAAUGGAACAAAAAGGAGGCUACAAAGAACUCAAGAGGAUCAAAUCAGGAUCGAAAGCAUCCAGUCCGAACACAACGGUACCUACACCUGUACUGUUAUUACUGAAGACGAAACGGAAGUUCACGCGCGUUACGAGCUACGGGCAGUCAACUGUCCUUCCGGCAAAAGAGGUGAAUUGUGCGAAGACGACUGCAACUGUCUCCAUGGUGCCAGCUGUGACCGGUGGGCCGGCUGUGUCUGUCCGCCGGGAUGGACAGGAAAAUUUUGUGAGACCAAAUGCCCAGACGGUACGUACGGACGGGGCUGCAGCGGUGAGUGCCCAUGUCAGAAUGGUGCCUUCUGCGAUACUAGUGACGGUCAGUGUGACUGCACCGAGGGGUGGUAUGGUAUGUAUUGUACCCGUCCGUGUUUAAGUGGUCGGUACGGGUGGAGGUGUCGGCAGGCCUGUGACUGUAAGAACAACGCCACAUGCCAUCACGUAGAUGGGAGCUGCACAUGCGCGCCACCUUGGACAGGACAGCGGUGUGACGUCAUCCAACCCGAAACAUCACUGCUACCACUACAGAUCUCUAUACCCCUUUCAUUGACGCUGCUUGGUGUCUUGGCAGCAUUAGUGGCUCUUUACAAAUGGAGGACAUCUACGCAAAUGAAAAGAGACGAAGACCAAGAGGAGACGCAGGUGUUACUCGAACUUAAAAGUAUGGAAGAAAACCUCGCACAGAGUCUACAGCCCGGCUGGCUCAAACAGUGGGAGAGGAAGGCAAAGGAUCUGACUCUGGGCGAUCUGAUUGGUCAGGGCGCAUUUUCGUUUAUCAGAGAAGGGCGUUUACGCACCGCUAACGCUGACGUCACAGUUGUGGCGGUCAAGUCCGUCCGUUCGAAGGACAGACUGUGUUAUCGAGCUUUCUAUCGCGAAGCAGCAAUGCUGGUUGCUUUGGACGAAAACUGUAAAGAACAGAACAAUGAUGGGCAUCCUAACAUUAUCAAGCUGUUUGGUGUCAUCACCAGGUCUAGGACAAGGUGUAUUCUCUUGGAAUAUGCUGCCAAAGGUGAUCUCCUGCAACUUUUGAAACAGCAGAAUAGAAAUAACAUUUCUUGUCUAGUGUGCAGCUUUCUCCCCUACGCAGUCCACAUAUCACGUGCCCUGAAGGAGCUUCAACGUCUGCGCAUCGCUCACGGUGACGUGGCCGCCCGAAACGUCCUUAUCAAUGAAGACGACGUCGCCCAUGACGGUCUGGCCCAUGACGUGUACACCACAACCACGUACAUCUCAUCAGGUAAGAACGACGCGGAGGAACUCCUCCCUCUGAAGUGGAUGGCUCUGGAGUCGCUGGAGACUCGCAAGUUCACGUGCGAGAGCGACACGUGGUCGUUCGGCGUGCUGCUGUGGGAGAUCGCCGCGUUCGGGGAGGAGCCCGACUAUCAGCACGAGAUCCGACUGAGUUGUCCCAGGUUGGUCGGGAUCCUGAGACAGGGAUAUCGUCUGCAGAAGCCACUCGGAUGUCCGGAAAGGUUAUAUGACGUCAUGAAGUCGUGUUGGCAGGAUUACCCGUCAGCCAGACCAGAGCCGGUAGAACUUGAGCAGAAGCUGAUAGACUGUCGUGAAGAAAUAGAUCCACUGUUCGUCCUCGAGAAGACAGUCACUGUAUUCUUCGUCGUCAUCGUUCGUCUUCUCGUUUUUUCCAACUGGACAUACGGAAAGGUGCACCUGUCGGCCAAGAUCGCAGAGAAUGCCGACAUUGGACAGCAAGUUAUCCGCGUUCUACCGACCACACCGGGGGCCACAAAGGAAGGUCCGUGUGAUAUUAUAGAAGGAAACGUCCACGGGCGCUUCGGUGUGACUCAAUACUGUGUGAUUGUAGUAGCCCGUCCUUUAGACUUUGGUAUAAACCAAAGGUAUAACCUGACUGUAAACGUCCCUGGGACAACCGAGACCCGUUUUGUUGACAUACAAGUCGAGGACGUGGACGGAUAUCCUACUAUCUACAACGACACCUGUGAAAUGCCAGUCCUUGGAAACGACAAGACACAUGGGCAGCUUGCUUUUAACGCAUUGGUGCAUGCAGAGUGGUUACGUGGCACUCAAGAAGACCAAAUCAGGAUCGAAAGCAUCCAGUCUGAUCACAACGGUACCUACACCUGUACUGUUAUUACUGAAAACGAAAUGGAAGUUACCGCGCGUUACGAGCUACAGGCAGUCAACUGUCCUCCCGACAAAAGAGGCGAAUUGUGCGAAGACGACUGCAACUGUCUCCACGACGCAAGCUGUGACCGGUGGGCCGGCUGUAUCUGUCCGCCGGGAUGGACAGGAAACAUUUGUGAGACCAAAUGCCAAGACAGCACCUACGGACGGGGCUGCAACAGCGAGUGCCCAUGUCAAAAUGGCGCCGUCUGCAAUCCUACCGACGGUCAGUGUAACUGCACCGAGGGGUGGUAUGGUGUGCAUUGUUCCCGUCCAUGUUUAAGUGGUCGGUACGGGUGGAGAUGUCGGCAGGCCUGUGAGUGUAAGAACAACGCCACAUGUCAUCACGUAGAUGGGAGCUGCACAUGCGCGCCGCCCUGGACCGGACGGCGAUGUGACGUCAUCCAACCCGAAACAUCUCCGCUGCCACUACAAAUCUCCAUACCUCUUUUAUUGACGCUGCUUGGUGUCUUGGUAGCAUUACUGGCUCUUUACAAAUGGAGGACGACCACUCAGAUGAGACAAGACGAAGACCAAGAGGAGACGCAGGUGUUACUCGAACUUAAAAGUAUGGAAGGAAACCUCGCACAGAGUCUACAGCCCGGCUGGCUCAAACGGUGGGAGAGGAAGGCAAAGGAUCUGACUCUGGGCGAUCUGAUUGGACAGGGCGCAUUUUCGUUCAUCCGGGAAGGGCGUUUACGCACCGCUAACGCCAACGUUACAGUUGUGGCAGUCAAGUCCGUCCGUUCAAAGGACAGACUGUGCUAUCGAGCUUUCUAUCGCGAAGCAGCAAUGCUGGUUGCUUUGGACGAAAACUGCAAAGAACACAACAAUGAUGGGCAUCCUAACAUUAUCAAGUUCCUUGGUGUCAUCACCAAGUCCACACCAAAGUGUAUUCUCUUGGGAUAUGCUGCCAAAGGGGAUCUCCUGCAACUUUUGAAACACCAGAAUAGAAAAAACAUUGCUUGUCUAGUGGGCAGCUUUCUCCGUUACGCAGUCCACAUAUCACGUGCCCUGAAGGAGCUUCGACUUCUGCGCAUCGCUCACGGUGACGUGGCCGCCCGAAACGUCCUUAUCAGUGAAGACGACGUCGCCAAGCUGUCAGAUUUCGGUCUGGCCCAUGACGUGUACACCACAACCACCUACAUCUCCUCAGGUAAGAACGACGCGGAGGAACUCCUCCCUCUGAAGUGGAUGGCUCUGGAGUCGCUGGAGACUCGCAAGUUCACGUGCGAGAGCGACACGUGGUCGUUCGGUGUGCUGCUGUGGGAGAUCGCCGCGUUCGGGGAGGAGCCCGCCUAUCAGCACGAGAUCCAGCUGAGUUGUCCCAGGUUGGUCGGGAUCCUGAGACAGGGACAUCGUCUGCAGAACCCAGUCGGAUGUCCGGACAGGCUGUAUGACGUCUUGAAGUCGUGUUGGCUGGAGGACCCGUCAGCCAGACCAGAGCCGGCAGAACUUGAGCAGAAGCUGACAGACUGUCGUGAAGAAAUAGAUCCACUGUUCAUCCUCGAGAAGGUAACCACACUUUAGAAAUCGAACCAUCUUUUAGGAAACUAAGAAAAGUGAAGGUUACAGUCCAUAUUUCAAAAGACUUUUCGCUCAUCUCGUUAGGUGUACACUAUUCUUCUAGGCCACCGUACCAAUAAAAGCCAAUUAUUAGACGUUUACCAUACAAACUAUCUUAAAUUUCAUGUGUUUUUGUUAAAAUAUAAAGAUAAUAUUUUUGGUCAAUACUAGUAGAUAUUCUUGUAGAAAAGUUGUCAGUGAUAUAGUCUAGUUAUUCUUCGAUAGGUUUUUGUAUCUACUGCGAUGUGCUAUGUAUUUUAUAGUUUGUCUGACAUGUAGUAACAUUUCUUUUGUCAUGUCUGUACCUAUUUCUAUGACUCUUCGCAUGCCGUUAUCCUUGCCACAGUCAAGCUUUAAAUAGCCUGACUGUUUAUGAUAAUAAAUCUUAAUCACAUUAAGAGCUUGAUAGAGGUUUGGACUUACUGACGUUUUUUUUUUCUUCUUGAUCUUAUUCAAUAUACCAGUUAAGUGAUUUAGUUGUGGUUAUACAACGUUAUACAUUAUCAGGUGAUACCUAAAUAUACAAUAUACAACUAAACCUGUCUUAUUUUAUUCAUUGGCGCGCUGUUUACUGACAUUUUAUCAAAUAUAAUUUUUCUUUCGCAGUUACGCGCUCUUACGAAUGUAUUUGGUAUGUGUCUUCAUUUUUGUAAAAUGACAAUACAUGAUAUGAGCAACACAUUUUACAAUAAAUGGCAA